AUGACGCGGAGCGGACGCCCGACACCCUGCCGAGGAACAUGGGGAUGCACGCGCGAAAGCCCAGCAGACGUACGAAUACGUUCGAACACGCACGUUCACCCGUCACGCUCCGGGGCGCUGCUGCGGCAGUCGCGCCCGAACAGUGCGAAUGCAGAAUGCCCCCCCCCCUUUUCAAGCACUCCCCUCCGAGACAGUCGUUCGUUCGUUCGCCCGUUCGUUCGUUUCCUUCCGGCCCUGUGCGACCCCAGAUUUGCCCCCUCCCCUCUCUUCUCUCCCCAUGUCACCGCCAGCCAGCCAGCGACAGCGAAGAGCAGGCAGCCAUGUACGGAUGCACAUUCGAAUGUACUUGACACUCUGUGCUUUGCUCUGUGCCAUGGCAGCGACUCGCGCCGGUCCCCCCCCUCUCCCCUUUCUCGUUUCGUCCGCCCUGAUGCUGCCAGACGUCAAAGGACGCGCCACAAUUGA